AUGAAGACUUGCCCUCAGCCCUUUUGCUUCCUGCCCUUUUUCUUGUUCCUUCUGUCGGUUGUCACCAGUGCACCAACUCAAGAGAGUGAUGAGGAUGAGAGUGCUGCGCGGGAUGUCGGCAGAACUCUAGAUGUUCGGAACACUGCAGUCUUACCAUCCGCGUGGGGUUGGCACGUCGAAUGCAAAGUAAAUACGCCUCCCCACUAUGGAUGGCUUCUCACUGACAGAUUCAAGCAACUGCCAGGCGUCGAUAUCGGUUACUGUCGGGAAAACAACCCUCCACCGGCGCCACAGUCUCCCGAGAACGCGAAGCGUGAUACCGACCUGAAACCAAGAAACGGUAGCUCGACCGAUUCUUCCCCGUCCUGGGCAUUGACGCCGUUGAGGUGCUACGAUCUGUGCGCCUGCGACCGACAGGGCACACUGAUCUGUCAUGAGUGGGGAACUUGCAACUUCCAUACUGUUUACUUUCGUUGUCAUGGCAGUGGAGAGUGUGACUGUGUCUGGGAGGAGCAACUCACUGGAGAUACUGCGAAAUUAGGUUGGGUCGAUGGCGUCGCUGACUGGGCGAGCAAUGGGUACGCGAACCAUUGGUGGGCACGGAAUGAGAAGGAGAAGGACCAGGAGAGCCCAGAGUGA